ACGCAUUGCAAUGGCUGCCGUGUAGUGCCCUCCCUACCCAAUUAGCCAAUCAGCGGUCGCCUCUGACUGGCAGAAGGACACAUAAAAGAAGAACAUUGCAGCAGAGGCACAGAAGGAGACUGUGAGGAGCUGGGAAAUACACAUACACACUAGCACACACACGACAACAGAACCAGAACACCCUCCUCUGGACACACCCUACUGGGGAUCACUGCUUCUCUUUUUUUUUUUUUUUUUAUUUCCGAACCAUCGCCCACGCCGCACAGGGAGAAAUCUCUCUCUCAUCCUCAUCAUCAUCCUGAAGAAAAUCCCUUUCUCCUCAUUUUCACUCUGCUUGAGGACACCUACAAUCACACGGGCUGAGAAUCCCUGAAGACAAGGUUCUUUUUUCCUUUUUCUUUUUUUUCUUUUCAUUUUGGAAAUCGACGCAAUUAUUCAAGCCAUACAUUAACAACACCAGAGUAAACCCUCCAGAAAGCCUGAAGAAGACCUGCACAUCGAAGGAGCUAGAUCACUAUCAUCUUUGUACAAGAAUGGUUACUAUAAUCAGCACCAUGGAAACUCAGGUGUCCAAUGGUCCGAGCGGAACCAGCAUGCCUAACGGCCCGGUCAUCAGCACCAAUGGUGCCACAGAUGACAGCAAGACCAACCUGAUCGUUAACUACCUGCCUCAGAACAUGACCCAGGAGGAGUUCAAGAGCCUGUUUGGCAGCAUCGGAGAGAUUGAGUCCUGCAAGCUGGUCAGAGACAAAAUCACAGGUCAGAGCUUAGGCUACGGCUUUGUAAACUAUGUUGAUCCUAAUGAUGCUGACAAGGCCAUCAAUACGCUCAACGGUCUCAAACUGCAAACAAAAACAAUCAAGGUGUCCUACGCCAGACCUAGUUCAGCCUCCAUCCGUGACGCUAACCUCUACGUGAGCGGACUACCUAAGACCAUGAGCCAGAAGGACAUGGAGCAGCUGUUCUCCCAGUAUGGCCGUAUCAUCACCUCCCGUAUCCUGGUGGACCAGGUCACAGGUAUAUCACGAGGAGUGGGCUUCAUACGCUUCGACAAGAGAAACGAGGCUGAGGAGGCCAUCAAGGGCCUGAACGGCCAGAAGCCUCUGGGCGCUGCCGAGCCAAUCACUGUCAAGUUUGCCAACAACCCAAGCCAGAAGACAGGCCAGGCGCUGCUCACUCAGCUCUACCAGACCGCCGCCCGCCGCUACACAGGGCCUCUGCACCACCAGACUCAGCGGUUCAGACUCGACAAUUUACUAAACGCCACCUACGGAGUCAAGAGCUGUCCAUCUCUCCUCCCCAGGUUCUCCCCCAUCACCAUCGACAGCAUGACCACACUGGCGGGUGUAAACCUGACGGGUCCCACUGGCGCCGGCUGGUGCAUCUUUGUCUACAACCUUUCUCCUGAGGCUGAUGAGAGCGUUCUGUGGCAGUUGUUUGGGCCAUUCGGAGCCGUCACCAAUGUCAAGGUCAUCCGCGACUUCACUACCAACAAAUGCAAGGGCUUCGGCUUCGUCACCAUGACCAACUAUGACGAGGCAGCUAUGGCCAUUGCCAGCCUUAAUGGCUACCGCCUUGGUGACCGUGUGCUGCAGGUCUCCUUCAAGACCAGCAAGCAGCACAAGGCUUAAGAUAGAGAGGUGUGGCCUGGCCUGCUCUUACCACCCCUUUUAACCCAAAGGGGGAGGGGGCACUAAGCUUCCCGCACAUUCACUCUACAUGGGCCUGGACUGAGUCUCUCUUUGACACACACUUAUCACACACAUUACACACCCAAAUACAACACACACACAUACACUUAGCCAGAGUCUCCAAAAAUGACAAACACAUGAGUUUUUUUGGUUUCUCUUUACAUGACAUGCGAAUCCUUCCCUACAUUUGCCUGGAUUGAAUUAGUAGAGGGUGACUUGGUGAGAUUUUGCUUUGCAAGAGACACAGUUUUAAUGAAUGUGACCCAGAAUGUGUGCUAAGUGCUUCGGUUUAAUUCAGGCAAAGCGUCACUGAACAAAUUUGAUUAUAUAUAUAUAUAUAUAUAUAUAUAUAUAUAUAUAUAUAUAUAUAUAUAUAUAUAUAUAUAUAUAUAUAUAUAUAUAUAUAUAUAUAUAUAUGCAGUUUACCCAAAUUCUUGCCCCAGUAACUCUCCUGUAUUUAAGGAGAGAAUGUAGUCACUUUUUUACACAUGGGCAUUUUGAAUCAGUGGAUUUUUUUAGAUUUAAGAAAGAAAAAAAAAAGAAUAAAAACAGUGUUCUCUCAUAUAUAUUAUUAUAUAACUAUAUAUUCAAUAUUUAAGGUGGUUAUAAUAGCCAAGUAUGUAAGCAUUUUCUAGAACUUUUAUUACGGUUUCCUGGCUUCACCUAUGGUUGCAUUCUAGCUUUAGCGUGCUGUGCCGACCCCAUUAAAGCUCCAAUCCUUGCAGCCAGUUUAAUAAUGUGCAUAACAGCACCCACAAGGCUGAGGAAUAUGAGAAGGUCAUCAUAAUCACUUCACUAUAAACUCAACAAGGCAUCAUAAACUCUAUCACAAAUCCAAGCAAACACACACACACACACCCAUUUAACAAAAACAGCUGAGAUCACAAAGUAACCUAGAACAUCCCUGUAUUGUUCCACUCUAGUUUCCAGCAUUUAGAAAGCUGCCACUCAGAGCAGUGUUUACGUGGUGAUAACGCAUAUGAGUGCAUUCUUUCUGAAAAGGUGAGAGGUCUGGCUAGAAUAAAAUGACUGCACUAUACCAAGCUUACAAAUAAAUUCCAAAAACUUUAACAUCAGAAGUGAAAUCAGAAUCGAUUUCCUGUGUAGGGUGAACCAGGAGGCUGUCUCAGCUUCCCUGAGGUUAUGAGAAUUACAGAGAGAAGGGUUUAGUAGCUGCUACCCUUGCUCCAGAAAGAUCAACGCACACGAUCGCUCAUUCUUAUCUCUCAAACUGAUAAAGCUUUGUGCUUCUAAUCAAUCUUCAUGCAAACACAGACCAUCUCUGCCUCCAACACAAGCUAGGAUAUUCCAUUCUAAUGCCCAUGUUAAGGCGAGGCCACCUGAUCUGCAAAACGAUCAGCACUUCAUUCACCUCCACCGAAUAUUUAUUAAUCCCUUUUAAAAAGAUGCACUGAAUGAUGAUGCCCACAUUAAUGCUAACAGAAAGUCGAAUGCCCAUAAAAACAAAACUGUUCCAGAGAGAGAGAGAGAGAGAGAGAGAGAGAGAGAGAGAGAUGU